CACCAGAACCCCGAGCUGGUGGCCCGACUGGAGCGGAUCAAAGCCAAGCUGGCCAACGAGGAGUACCGGCGGAUGACCCGCAACAUCACGGGCCAGGAGAGGAACGGGACACUGGCUGAGUUUGGAAGGGAAGUUCGCUCCGUUAGAGCUGUUGUCAUCACCGUGUUCAACUUCCUGGUGACAGUGGUGGCCUCCUUCGCCUGUGCCUACCUGGGCAGCCAGUACAUCUUUGCCGAGACAGCACCGCGUGUCCUCUCAGCUGUCAUCGUGGCCUCGGUGGUUGGCCUGGCCGAGCUGUAUGUCAUGGUGCGGACCCUGGAGGGGGACCUUGGGAAGCUGUGA